AUGGUGGCAGCACAUCAGACACAGCUCCUGGCCUGGGAAGGGGAUCAGCAAAAAAUACUGACUCUAGCAGAACGGUGCAGCUUACUGGAAAAUGAGCUGAACAAGAGAAAUGAAUUUAUAAAGUCACUGAAGCAACAGAAGUUUAAAGAGAUGUCUCAAAAAGUAGCAGAUGCAAGUCUUCACUGCCAGGCUCUGGAGGAGAAAAAUCAAAGUCUUCACCACUCAGUUUUGGACCUGUCUGCUAAAACAGGCCAGUUGCAAGCAAGGGAACAGAAGCUUCUUACCAUGCUUAAGCUGAAGGAUGAGGCUAUACUUGAAACAACUGAUCACAUUACUGAGUUUACAUCUAAAUUCAGAAAUCUGGGAAUUGCAUUACGUGCAGCAAAAGCAACAGAAAUCUAUCUCAACAAGGAAAAGCAAGACCUCAAACUGAGACUGAAAGAACUGACACUUGAAAGAAAUAAGCUGCAAGAUGACCUUUCUGAAAAGAUGAAAGAAAAUAAUAAGCAGCACAAAGAUAUAGUUCACCUCAAAGAAGAAAACAUCUCCUUGAGGAAGGAGCUCGCCCUUACUGUGGAACUUCUUCAAUUUGCCAAGUCUAAACAAGCACGGACUGACACAGAGCUCUCAAGUUUGCGACAGAUCUACCUAAAACAACAGCGUGAGUUGCAGUUUCUUCAUGUCAGUUCAGAGGGCUCUUGGGAAUUAAGGCAAAAGCAUGAGAAGGUGGCUCAUGAAAGGAGCAUAAGAGUGACAAUUCUCUACCCCGAAAGUAACAGCAAGACAGACACAGUUAAGACUGAGGGCACCCACGGGAAGUGGGAGGAGUGUGGAACUGCACGAGUUCCAAAGAGUAGAGUAAAAACCACCUCUGAGAUGUGUGAAGUAGAUAAUAGACUGUUACAGAGUGCACCAGAUUUGGAAGAAACCACUUCAGUGCACUUAAACCAAAAAGUUGUGAAAGUCUCGUCUCUCCUUACAGAAGAAGAAAAGCAGGAUGUUGCAUCAAGCUCUGAUGAGCUACACAGUGAAGUAUUUUGUGAGGCAAACAACACAAGGCCAUUGAGAAACAGGGAAAUUUCUGAGGAUGGAGUUGAAAGCAGAGAACCAGGAAGCUUGGAGUCAUCUUCACCUGAAUGUGAGCAUUGCCUGAAUGCCAGUUCUUGCAUAGCUUCACCAAGUACUUCCACCCAGAGCACCAUCACAUCUGAUGAAACUAGUAAUGAAAAUAAAACCUGGGAAGAGAGAACUGAAAUUCCACUUUGCCAAAAAAGCAGAGACACUCCUGCUGCAAUUCAUGAGGCUGAACCUGAUUCCUGUAGUAAAAACUUCACCAUAAAAAAUGAUUCAUGGUGGAAGCCAGUAUCAGAUCUGGAAUGGCUGAAGAUUUUCAGAUUCAUAAAAGGAGAUGGAGAAGAUAGCAGCUGUCUCAGGACUGCACAAGAGAUGAAAUGUGCCAGCUCAGAAAGGUUAUGUGCUUGUUAUGUUUAA